CGUCGUGGAAGCCAGUCGUUGCUCGAUCGUCCGCGACGCGCUCGGAUAGAAAAAGAAAAAAGAAAAGUCGCGAGAUCGGCGACGACCGGGCGGACCCUCGCGGUUUACGGCGCGCAGUUUCGAAGCCGUGCCCCGCGAAAUAUAACGUGCGCGGAGAUUCGACCACGUUCGUUUCGCUGCUGGAUCGCCGCUGCGAACCCGCGUUCUCUACACCCGGGGGGGGACCACCGCGUGAAUCCCCGUGGAAUUUCAGUCACAUCGCGCCGCGACUGAAAAUUCUCGUUCCACCAUCCAUCCGGUCGGUCGUCGGGUCGUGCCAAACUGAUCCGCGGCUAUAUACCUUGGCCCUGCGAUUCUGUCAAAGAGAAGGCACGGAGCGACACCGUCCAGAGCACAGACCGGUUGACGCAAAAUGACGGAUACUUUCACACGGAGGUCGAUUUAACGCCGUUCCACGAUGUACGCCGAGUGGCAAAAGGGUGAAUUGGUGUGGUUCGACCCCGGUGUCGGCCAUGUGUUACCAGGCGAGGUGCAGGAGUACCACAGAGCCGCCAAUGUACUCUCGGUCCAAGCGGUGAUCGCCGGCAAGCCGCAAGUCUUCACUCUCACCAACCUGAGCGGAGUGAAGCCACGGCAGGACUUGGGUCAGAAUGGCGUGGAGGACAUGAUUCAGUUGACGGAUCUGAACGAGGCGUCGCUGUUGUGGAACUUGAAGAUCCGUUACGACAAGGAAUUGAUUUACACGUACACGGGAAGUAUCCUCGUGGCGGUGAAUCCGUACAAGAUGUUCGACAUCUACGGUCUAGAUCAAGUGAAGCUUUACGAGGGACGAAUCCUCGGUACACUCCCACCGCAUUUAUUCGCCGUGGGAUCCUCCGCGUACAGUCAGGUGACAGCAGCCAAUAACUCCAGUGCCAAUCAGGUGGUCGUCAUUUCCGGCGAGUCCGGCUCGGGGAAGACGGAGUCCACGAAGCUGGUGAUGCAGUAUCUCGCGGCCGUGAAUCGCGCGCCGAACAAUCUCGUCACCGAGCAAAUCCUGGAGGCGACGCCGCUCCUAGAGAGCUUCGGAAAUGCCAAAACGCCGCGAAACGACAACAGCAGUCGGUUCGGGAAAUACUUGGAGGUUCACUUCAGAGACGGCGCGAUCAUAGGCGGUAGAAUAACGCAAUAUCUUCUAGAAAAGAGUAGGAUAGUAACUCAGGCUUCGGAGGAGAGGAACUACCACGUGUUCUAUGAACUUCUAGCUGGACUCGAUCAGCAACUCAGGGAUAAAUACGGCCUGCUUACGCCGGACAAAUAUUUUUAUUUAAACCAGGGUGGAAACUGCGAAAUCGAUGGCAAGAGCGACGUGCAGGAUUUCAAGGCGCUCUUGUCAGCCAUGCAGGUGCUCGGCUUCUCGUCCGAGGAGCAGGACACGAUCUUCAAGAUUCUGGCCAGCGUGCUGCAUCUGGGGAACGUGUACUUUCACCGGAAGCAAAUGAGGCACGGCCAGGAAGGCGUGGAAGUCGGUUCCGACGCUGAGAUACGCUGGGCGGCGCACCUUCUUCAAGUGAAUUCCGAUGGCAUCAUCCGAGCGCUCACUACCAAGACGACAGAAGCGAGGAACGAGAGAGUCUUCACGGCUUUGAAUAUCGAUCAGGCCCUCGACGCCAGGGACGCCUUCGCAAAAGCGCUGUACAGCUCGCUCUUCUCGUGGCUAGUCGCGCGCGUCAAUCAUAUCGUCUACAAGGGCACGAAGCAGACGGCCGCCAUUUCGAUCCUCGAUAUCUUCGGCUUCGAGACCUUCACGGAAAACAGUUUCGAGCAGCUGUGCAUCAACUACGCGAAUGAGAAUCUGCAGUUCUACUUCAACAAGCACAUCUUCAAGCUCGAGCAACAGGAGUACGCGAAGGAGAAGAUCGACUGGACUACCAUCAACUACACGGAUAACUUGCCGGUCAUCCAUCUGAUCGCGAAAAAGCCGGUGGGCAUCCUUCACCUGCUGGAUGACGAGAGCAACUUCCCUAAAGCGACGGAUCUCUCAUUCUUGGAGAAAUGCCAUUACAAUCACGCGCUGAGCGAGCUGUAUUCCAGGCCCAGAAUGAGCUCCGCCGAGUUUGCGAUCAGGCAUUACGCCGGACAGGUCUGGUACAACGUGGACGGCUUCCUAGACAAGAACAGGGAUACGUUGAGACCAGACGUAGUCGAGUUGCUCAUCAGCAGCAAGAUUUCGAUGGUCAGCAAGAUGUUCCAGCAUGUCAGAACCACUCACGAAGCUAAUAAAACCGUGAACAAGCCGAACGGCAGAUUUGUCACCAUGAAGCCGAGAACCCCGACUGUUUCAGCUCGAUUUCACGACAGCCUCCAGCAACUCUUGGAAUCCAUGUCUCAAUGUAAUCCGUGGUUUGUCCGUUGCAUCAAGCCGAACACCGAGAAGGCCCCGAUGAAGUUUGACAUGCCCUGCGUGCUCGAACAAUUAAGAUACACGGGCAUGUUGGAGACGAUCCGCAUCAGGAAAACUGGCUACCCGGUUCGCCUUCUGUUCGGACACUUUGUGGAUCGAUAUCGUUAUCUCGUCUCGACGCAUUUGCCUAGGGGAGCGCCCAACAAGGAGCUCUGCAGAAUAAUUUUGGACAAAGCAGCUCCGAAAGAGGCGCAGUCGCAAUAUCAGCUUGGACUUACGCGAGUGUUCUUACGCGAAUCGUUGGAGAGAGCUCUGGAAUAUAACAGAGCGUUGAUUCUGGAGAGAGCAGCCAUUACAGUCCAGAGAUACACGAGAGGCUUCUUGGCGCGCAGAAGAUUCCUCAAUAUUUCACGCAGCACAGUUCUGAUACAAGCGGUAUAUCGCGGUUACCGCGAACGUAAGCAAUUCCGCGCGAUGAAGAAGGGCGCUCUGAUGGCGCAGAAACUGUACAGAGGUAGGAAGCAACGAGAGACGUUUAAGGUGUUGAAGGAAGAGAUGGCGAAGAGGGCGGAGAUCGAGAGAGCCAGUAAGGAGCGAGCGAAGGCGAAGCAGCAACGAGAGGAGCAGGAGAGGACCUCGCGAGCUGUUGCCGGUGUAAAUCACUUGGAGAUUCCCGCAGAACUAGCCUUUAUUUACAGCAAACUCGAUGAUUGGCAACCCACGCACACCGAGCGAAAUCUCCUCAAGGUCGUUGGCCAAGUCAUCCCGAUGAACUAUACCUACAACCUGCCGUCCGACAUCGAUCAGUAUCAGUUCUCCAAGUUCACCAACAUUUACUUCAAGAGCCAUAUCUUCGGGAUGAAACGCGAGCCGAUCAAAACGCCGUUCCUGACAAAGGCUCGCGAUCAGGAUUACACGGACUCCCUGAUGAUCUUCAAGAUGAUACUGCGCUUCAUGAAUGAGAGUAAUCUUAACGGCAAACGCGAGCAGGCGUUGGGCGACUACAUCGUUAACAAGGGCAUCGUGAACGAGAAGUUGAGGGACGAGAUACUAUGCCAGCUGGCGAAUCAAACCUGGAAGAAUGAGAACGACGCCAACAAGGAACGAGGAUGGCUGCUGUUGUCCAAUUGCUUGUCGGCGUUCCAGCCCAGCGCCACGCUCUUCAAGUACUUUCUGAAAUACGUCUCCGAUCACGCCUACGACGGCUACAAGGCUUAUUGCCAACGCAAAUUGUUGCAAGGCGAGAGAACGGUAUAUCGUAUGAUGAGCAAUAAUCAGCAAACGGUACAUCAGGUGCCCAGGAAUUAUCCGCCGUGCGUCCUAGAAUGGCGAGCCAACAGGAAUCGCGUGAAUAUGGCGCUCAACGUUGGUUUCUACGACGGCGAGACAACUACGUGCGCGAUAGACUCCUGGACGACGUGCGAAGAGUUGGCUAAUCUCGCGGUACGGAAUCACGGGGUGGAGAACACCGGCUGGACCAUCACACUCUGGAAUCAACUGGAUGGCCCGGACGCUAUCGUGACGGAGACCAAUGGUUUCGACUACGUGCUGGACUUGAUCUCGGAGAUGGAGUUGGCGCCAGCUUUUCCCGCCGCCAAGCAUAUGUUCUUGGAACAGCGUAAGAACAGUCUGCCACCCAUAAAGAAACGAGAGCACGCUCAAGUUAUUCGGGAGUUGGAACAAGAGAUGGAAAUUCCUAUCCUAAAAACUUUCCAGCCUCUGGAAAGGAAAUCAGUGCCAAAAGUGGUUGAUAAGCCUGUUGAACUGGAGAUUCAAGCACCCAGGCGGCCGGCAGUACCUCCACCGCAACCACCCAUUACGAAACUACCCAUGCGAAAACAAUCACACGAAGUCAUUUUGGAGACCACGGAAAUGGGGUUGUCGAGGAAAUCCGCUUUGAACGACCGCUAUUUCGAGAAGGAGAAGCAACGUAGCCGAAGUUUGGACAAUCUACUGCAGUCGGAGGUCAUGCCGUCGCCGGUGAAACUCGCCAAUCUAGGGCUUUCCUCGUCCAAAUUGAACGAACGGUAUCACAGUCUGGAAAGAAUUGGUGAGACUCCAGCGGUCAGUAACGUUGAGUACAUGACGCGUGCUGAGAUCACGCAAGAGAGGAAGUACAGCAGAGUCACAAGAACGACGGAGCCCAACAUCGAGGAGGAGGAUCUCACGAUUGACUUUGAAUACCCGGAUAUUCAGUCCGUUAGUCAAACCGGAAGAUCGGAGGACGAUAAGAGCUACAUAAGGUCGCAGACCAGGUUCAUCAAGUCGCAAUAUCCCGGCAAACGCGCGCUGCCGGGAAGCCAGUCUAGUCGCGCUUACAUCGAGAAGAGUGAGUACGGUGUAAAGUCGUCUGCCAUGUCCGAUACCAGCGAGGCGCCCUCCUUGGCGUCGCACGUGCGGCGCGUCAGGGUGCCCAGCCAGGCUUCCGACGUGGACCAAUUCUUGGAUGAGCUAUUUAUGCCCGUGUUGGACGGCAAUCUCGACGAGCUGUCGGACGCUCGUAGUUUGGCCGCUUCGAUAAAAGGUUCGUACGACACUAGGCCACCCGGCGACCAGACAGUUCUCGAGAAUCUGCAGAGAGUCGACAGUCGAGCUACCAGAACAGCCACGGUCGACGACUUUGUCGAAGGAAUGAUGACGAGAAACGGAGGAAUCGCGAAUAUCAGCGCGGGCGAACUGUCGAGGAGGAUCAAGGGCGGCGGCAAUAUGGACAUUCCCAAUCAAAACACGGCCUUCAACUUCAACCCUAUCGCGCAGAGCAUGAUGUCACCGCCCAUGAUGAUGCCCAUGUUCAGCCCGACUCAGCAGGUCCCGUCCGCGCAGAAUACCAGCAUGAGCAUGGGCGCGAGCUUCAUGCCCAUUCCGAUCUACAGCAUGCAGGGACUCAGUUUACCGCAAUAUCCCAGUUCACCGCCCGGCCAGAGCAACGACAUUGCGGCGUACCAACAGAAUCUCCAGCGAGCUUUCCUGCAGAGCGCGAUGGCACAGAAUAUUCAGAUACAGCAGCAGCUGCUAGCGCAGAAUCAGGCUUUGCAGCAGCUCUUGGUUCAAAGCCCGCAAAACUCGGCACAGCAACCGAGCACGGUGUUACCCGCUGGCCCCUCAAGCAUGAAUCUUGUUCCCUCAGCCCCCCCAAUCGGUGCCCAUAUGGGGCCCAAUGAUUCUAUCGGACGCUGCUCCAAGGUCUCAUUUAGAGAACCCGACGACGGUGAAUUAUGGUCAACUGAGAAACGGGGAACUCCCCUGCUGACUUCCACCCCGACGAAUCAGCGGCAGGAAACGAUGACGGUAAAGGCUCAAAUUCACCGGUCCCAAAGUCCGCCCAGGAAAAAUGCCGAAAUCAACAGAAAGACGAGCGCGGAUUACGCGCGAAAGAUCAGCAUGGAUCGAAAGGUGGUAGAUAGAAAGGGGUCAUCGGCACAGGCAGACAUGAAGAGAGCCAAUUUAAAUAAGAAUAACAUACAGAGCAAUUUUACUAACGUACUCAGCGAACUGAAGAACAGGAAGAGCAGCGUAGACAGCAAUCCUUCAAGUUUAAGCAAUAAUAAAGGUGUUCCCCCGCCGCCGCCAAUGCCACCGCCUUUGGAGUCUCAUGAUCCGUCCGAAUCGAGACCGUUCCUCGAUCCGUAUGGUAGAGCGAAGACGGUGCGCAUCGGAAAAUGGAGGUGGCCACCGCCUAGCGACUCGAACGAGAAUCAAGGACAGGACAGUUUCAUAGAAUUCAAGAUGCGUCAGCAACAGCAGCAACGUAAAUUAACGCCGCAGUAUCAGGAGUACGAUCAAGGCGAGGGCGGCGAAGGCACGACGGAAGGUGGCGUCGAGUGGGAAGAAUUCGAGAUUGAGAACAUCGUUAGUAAUGAGGAUCGUUUGGCGCAUUCGUCAGCGACCGCGGCGAAACACGAGAACGGAUACAAAGAGGAAGGGGAGAAGAAGAAGAAGAAAUCGAAGUCGGCUUUGGAAGUGGGCGCGCAGAGACCGUCGCCGGGGAGCAUAGGAAAGUUGAAGCUCAGCUCGGAGAUGAGGCAGAGACUGGAGAAGGUAACGGCGAAUCAUAGCGUGAGAUCCACGAAGACGGCUGAGAAACCCGCGCUCCCGCGAGAAGACGGAAAGGUUAAACGGCUGGAGGAUAACAGGAAGCUUCUGUUAGAACAACAACUGGGUGGCAGGUGGGAUGACUACGCCUCCACUGUUGAUGACACCCAAAGCGUCACUUCUAAGGGCACAACUGACAUGAUGACCCAAGCUCAGGUGGUGAGGACACAGAUCGAGAGAAUGGAACGACCCGUACCGCCUCCGCCGCCCGUCACGCCGCCGCAGCCUCCGAGUCCAAGAGGCGGCAGUGUAUACAGUAACAGUCAAUCCGGCGUACCUCAGCCACGAUCCCCGCCAGCGCCGAUCGAGCCGAAAACACGCGACUCCUUCCACACGUCUCCGGACUCCGAGACAUAUGAUCAUUUUCCGAAGAGUCAGAUGUUUAGCCAGAGCCGUGAUAUCUUCGCUUCGCAGCAGCACUUGCGCGACGGUCACGAUUACAGGAACGACUUCGACAAGAGUCGCGGUCAGGACGGCAAGUCCAAGGACUUCUACGGCAAGGACAGCAUCGACAUGGCGAGUUCGACGCGCGAUCGCAACUCCGACUUCGACUCGCGCCGCGAUCUCAGCUCCGAGAUCUUCGACUCCAAGUACGCGUUCGACGGCUCGACCGGGAAGCGCGAUCCGUUCGGCAUGACCCGGGACGUGUCCCCCAAGUCCCGAGACAGCUUCGGAAUGCCGUCGCCGCGCGACUUCGGCGUGAUCCCGAACACGAGGGAGUCCUUCACCGUCGCACGGCACAGUUUCAACAAUCGGGACAUGGACAGGCGAUCGAGCGUAGCUUCGACCCACCGCACCGAUAAGAUGGAGAGGAUCGAGAUCGAGGAGUGGCCGGAGUUUCUCAAGCCAGUCUUACCGCCGGCGGACAAGCCGGAGAUCGAGAAGGUCCAGGAGGUGGUGAACACCAAGCUCUACCCACAGACCUCCAACGCGCAUUUCACGUACAACAGAGUCACGUGGACUCUGAGGGUUAAGAAAGAGGUUUUCGCGCCUAAUGAGACGCUGAACAGCCCCCUGGCUCUGCACCUGGUGUUCUGCCAGGUCGCGUACGACGUGUUGGCGACCUCUAGCAUAAGGAUUACCAAGGAGGACCGGCAAAACAUGCUGAAGAUGCUGGAUAACUACGGCGUCACGCUGGACAAUCUCCAGAGCACGCAGCACAAGAUCACGAUUAAGAAGAACAUCGUGGACAUGGCGAAGCAGUGGCCGUUGUACUUCGCCCGGAUAUUCCCUGUAUCAAUCGGGCCUCAACAUCCGGAGACGCAGCACGUGGCGGUGUCGCAUCACGGGCUCCGAUUGAUCAAGCGCACGCUCAACGGCGAUCUGAUCAUUCUGGAGACUCUGCCGCUGGAGGACAUCGUCUCCGUGAACUCCUCGAGGUCGGGCGUGUGCGUGCUGCAGAUCGCGUCGGGCGUCAGACUGCCCCUGCACACGAACCGCGCCCCGCAGCUGGCGGAGAUGAUCGGCAGAUACAUCAGACUGAUCGAUCAGAAACCGCACCAGAGGGUCAAUCAUCACGAGAAUCACGUGUCCCAAAUCACGAAGACGAUUCAGUCGCAGGCGAAUCACGCGAAUCACAUUCAGUCCCACAACCAUUCCAAUCACGUAAUCUCCGAACACGAGAAUCACGUACCGAUCAGUCGCGUGCCCAACCACGUGUCGGCCGUCAACCAGGCGAACCAUCAGAAAAACCUGCAGAACCAACGGCUUAGCCCGAGCCAGGAAUGGCGGCAGCCGGACGACAACGUCCGACUCCAAGAAGACGGCAUCUACGAGAUCGGACCGGUGGUCAACGACGGCAAACAUUCCCUCUUGCAGUACGCCAUGCUGAACUUCCGUCAAAGCACAGAAAAAUUCGAGAUGUUGAAGACCGCGGAUGGAUCGAUCAGCGGGUCCCUCAAGGUGAUUGAGUCGUUGAAGAGCAAGAAGAAGAACAAGAAGGGCAAGGGCCAGCAGGACGGCACCGAGUGGACCUGGAAGGAACAGGUGGACCUCGUCAAGUACUCCACCGUCCCCAUCGAGCAAAGCCUGCUCAGGCUCGAUGCCGAUCUGAGCGUCUUAGCGGUGGAGUGCUUCCUGUGCCUGAUGAGGUACAUGGGGGACCAACCGCUGCCGCCUGAGACCAGCGAGGUCAAGUGCGUCUACACCAUUCUCAUGCACUGUCACAAAUACGAGCAACUGCGCGACGAGGUCUACUGCCAGCUGAUGAAGCAGACCACCAACAACAAGAGCCCGAAUCCGGAGAGCUGCCAGCGCGGCUGGCGGAUCUUCAGCAUCAUCGCCGCGUACUUCACGUGCAGCGAGGGCCUCAGGCCCUACCUGACCAAGUACCUCGAGACGGCGGCGUACGACAAGCGGCGCGCUUACCACGGCACCGCGAUGGUCUGCCUGCAAAACCUGCGGAAGACCGUGAAGUACGGCGGGCGCAAGAACGUGCCCAGCGUGGAGGAGAUCAUGGCGAUCAGCGCGGGCAGGAACGCCAAGAGGCAGAUCUACCGGCUGCCCGGCGGCACCGAGCGGGUCAUUAACACGAAAUGCACGACCGUCGUGCAGGACGUUAUUGAGGAGAUGUGCAGCGUCAUCUCCGUGAGAAACCCGCACGAGAUGGACGAGUUCUCGCUGUACUGCAUCGUCGACGGCGACGCGUUCACCAUGCCGUUGGCCAGGGACGAGUACGUCCUGGAUGUAACCACGGAGCUUCAAAAAAACCACCAAGUGUUCUACUUAAUAUUUUGCAGAUCUGUUUGGUACUAUCCUCUGCGGCUGGACGCGGCAUUGUAUAUAGAAGUCGUAUUUAACCAAAUCGCUCCCGAUUACCUGGAGGGACUCCUGCUAGUCCUACCUGGAGAACAUUUACCUCAGGAAAUAAUUUAUGACAUGGCGCAAAUAGCGGCGCUACUGCACAGAGCGGCCGACAUGGCGCACGAGCCCGCGACGAAGGAGAUCAAGUAUCUGUUGCCAAAACCAGCGCUCAGCUUGAGGGAACCCAGGCCGCAGCAAUGGUCGAACAUGGUUCAGCAAGCCUGGAACAACGUUCAGCAUUCCUCGGCGGCCGUCUGUAAGGCGCAAGUACUCGAAAUAUUGUCCAAGUGGCCGCUUUUCGGCUCGAGUUUCUUCGCGGUGAAGAGGGUGCCCGAGGGCAAGGAAAAGGGCGCCGACCACAUUCUCGCUCUCAAUCGACACGGAGUGCACUUCAUAGAUCUGAUCACGCACGAGACACUGUACCAUUACCCCUACUCCGAGGUGAUCUCCACGAGGAAGGUCAAGUCCGAGGAGGGCACGCUCUACCUCGACAUGAAGUGCGGCAAUCUGAUGCAGCAGCGUAUCACCAGGCUGCAGACGGAGCAGGCCCACGAGAUCUCCCGUCUCAUCAGGCAGUACAUCACCAUGGAGCAGAGGACGUCCAACGCUCAAGGUGGAGCCGGCAUCGGGCUCGGCAUGAGAUAAGCUUCCUCUCGUAAAAACCUCGAUGACCGUUCCUCCUCCGCGACAUCCGAUAUCCGAUCCGGAUUAGUCAAUCUACAGGGCGGUAACCAGGUUUCAAGCCCUCGAUUAACGUACCGUAACGUGCACGAGGCCGCGAGCCUCGUAAGUAGCCCAAUAUAAAUCGCGGCAUUGUUCUUAAUGGCCUGCGUAAGAUACCGACCUUCAGGUUCACGCUACAUCGGAUACCAAGUGGGAUAAGCUCGCUCCAGCGUACCGGCCCGCGUCCUGACGGACGACGGCGCGGCUAAUCCGUCAUCAGGGAUAUUCGUAGGACUCGCUGGAAGGAAGGAUUGUGAAGAAAAAAAAGACAACGAAUGCUCAAGUAUCUAAAUUGUCCAUACCGGAUAUACGACUUGAAACGAUGGACUUGUAUAGCAUUUAUUUAUACAUUCGUUAAGGAGUUCAUAAAAGAAAGCAAGGAAUAAACGCGAAAAUAGAAGUUGCAUCCAUCCAUGGCGGUGUAAUAUUAACGCUAAUAUUAACACACGUCCCUGAUGAGUGUUGAACAGGUGACUAACCAUUCAGCGAUUAUAUAUGUUAUAUCAUCAGAUUAUUAAUUAAUACUUGUACGUAUAUGCAUAUAGGAGUACGAGAUGUGAACGAAGAUAUUAACUUUAUAUUGAAAUUUUUACGUGUAAAAAAAAAAA